CUGGAAUAUUCUGACAUUUUAUCUACCAGACGUUCUAGUUUUGUUUAUGUUAAAAGACCUUCAUUUUUAGUUUUGCUAAAAUACUUGAAAAUACGGUUGGAAGUGUAAAUUUACUGCAUAAAAAUAGCUUAGAUUUCUCUAACAUUGUUGAAGAUCGAUAAUAUUACCAGAAAUAAUUGUGUGGAUGGAUAAUAUUUUAUCAUCUAAAUACUUUGUUUCAUUUUGGUUGUACUACUGCAAAUAUUAUACAAGUGUACUAACGUAUAUACAUGUGUAGAUUUUUGUUAUCAAUAUGAUUCGGCUGAAGUACCAAUAGUAAAGCAUACACGAACUAUUUAGCUCAAUAUCGACCUCCGUAACAACACAAAAUGGCGGACGAAAUCCCUGUGAUACCGAAAGCAGGAACUUUAGUGAUAAAUAGCGGGAAUAUAGUAAACUGGAACAGAUUAAAAAGAAAACUGUCACAAACACCGACAGAUGAGAUCAGUGAAUGUGUGAGUUCAACAUUACAAUCAUUCCUGGCAUCUGCAGACAAAAAUGAGUUACAGUAUGUGACAGACCUCAAUUGUGUUCAUCAGAAAUUUAAGGAGACAAUUCCUAGUAGUGAAAGAGGGGACUUUAAACUUACAGUGAAGAUUUUCCUUUGCUCACUGCAGCAUGUAAGCCCAGAAGCAGUUAAAGAGGCUGUUGAGAGAGCAUUAACAGAGUUAGAUGUGAAAUUUAUAGAGACCGCCCUACUUGCAUUCCCGGAGAUAGAAAAUGAGGAUGUUACCCUGGAGAUGAUUCAACCAUUCUGGAAGGUUCUUGAAGGCCUGGUUCACAGGGAGCUUGUAUGGUCAAUUGGCAUGGCUGAUCUUGAUAAAACUUUACUUGAGGAAUUGUAUGAGUGGGCAGAUGUAAAGCCAGUAAUAAAUCAGGUGAAUUUAGACUCGUGUUGUGUGAUGCCAAAAGACCUUGUAGAGUAUGCCAAACAGAAGGAUAUACAGCUUCUUACACAUAAUGAUCCAAGAACUGUUUUUUCAUCCGAGACUUUACAAGAGGUUAUUCGAGAAAACAGUACGGAGAAGGACAGUGGUAACUGGGAUGCAUUAUGGGUACUACGUUAUUCGGUUCUCAUUAAAGAUCGAGGCAUCAUCAAAGCUAAAGGAUACCUUUUGAAAGCUGAGAAAGACAUCAAGAAAAGAAAAUGUCAAAUGGAAGCAUAACUGUGAUAUUUGAAUUUAUACGUGUGCGGGUCAUGAUAUGUGGUGAUUUUAGUUAUAUAGUCCCUUUUUGGUAGUUCUGCACAUUCUGAUCUAAUCGUUUUCUACAAUGUAGAAAUUGAUUUAACUCUAAUUAUUUCAAUACUUCAGAGCAUACUUGGAAAAAUCGGCAACUAAAAAUGAUAAGGUAUUGCGCUUGAUUUUUUGCCAGAAUGAUUUUUAAAAAUUUGGACUUCACAGAAGUUUUCAUAAUAGACAGCUAUAGAAAAAUCACAAUUGUUAUAUCAUUUUCAUGAAUUUUUUUUUCUACAAUGUGGAUUUGAAUGAAACUCACUACAGUCAUAAAUAGAGUCUGUGUGCUUCGAGAUUAAAGAGGUUCGCACUAUACACGCAAGCUGUAAGAUCUUAUUUGGAAUUAUUUAACUUAUCAGAGAUUUGAAUAUUAUAUUCUGUCUUUAAAAAGAUAGUUACAUUGCCGUUUCACAGGUUGCCAUUAAUUUAUAUAACGAUUUUCAUUUUAGUAUGUCGAGUCCAUACUUCAUUCUACUUUAUCCGGAUAAAUGACAUUUUGCCUCUACUUCCAGUUUAUUUAACAUGCAGAACUACCUUAAGUAUCUAUUGAAAACUUCCGUAAAGUAGAACCUAUUUUAAUUAGAAGGAUACUGUGAAAUCAUUGAUUUUCAUAGGAACAGAAUUUCAUGGUUUUGGGACAAAUAAUGCCUUAGAUCUUUCUCAGCCAUCAAAGCUGGAAAAUGGACAUAGGACCAAUAAUUUUGUCGGUGUGAACCAUAAUUGGGUCGGUGCGAUGAUCAACUCGACAAAAACAAAAAUGAAAUCCACAAAAAGAAGUCCCUUAUGAAUAUCAAUGAUUUUACCUUCUGUAGACAUCAUCUUUUACAUUUAGUUGCAGUUUGGAGUUAAGAGUUCUAACUUUCAGAUUAAUACAGCUUUCUUCAUUGGCACUGGUAUCAAAAAUAUUAUAAGUUAAAAUUUUGAAGGAUGUUCAGAUAUUUGUUAUUCUAAACUUAGACAUUUUUUAUUUCUAAACUGAUACCAUCCUGCCUGAUUUCCUGAAUGUGAACUCCAACUUUGAAUUGAAUGCUUUAAUUUGAACUUGGAUAGUUUGUUUGUUAUGUUUUUUUGUUGUUUUUUUUUCUUUAAAUGUACACUCGUACAUACAUUAAAAACACCGGCUAUUUAACCUCCCUACUAUAAAACAUGCUUUUAUAAAGAUCACUACUUUUUUUCCCUGUUUAAUCAGAAAAAUAGUGAAAUUUACCUGUGUUGGGAAAUCACCUGUUAGCAAAGAGGACUUGUGAUAUUUACAAGCUGGUUCUUUAAUAUGUAUGUGUGUAAUUGCUUACUUCAGGUGCUCUGUUUAAGAGUGAUUUAUGGGAACAAUACAUUUCUUAGCUUGUCUAUACAAAGUUGUUCUACUCUACCUGGCGUGCUUGUCCUUUCAUUUUCCAUAUUUUGGUUAAAUUUCAGAUGUACUUUCUCUUUAUCUCUGUUACUUGAUGAUGGAUUUAUUUCUUAAAAUAGAUAUUCAUCAUCAUCACCCAUACAACAUGACACAAGGCCAUAACUCCGUUUUUAAUAUUGCAUGAAUUAUGUCCCUUUUUUACUUAGAAUUUCUGAUUAAUUUUGUUACACUUUCACUAUAUCUCUGUUAUUUCUGAAUGGAUUUGAUUUAACCUUAAAGCAAAGCCUGCCCGUUUAGCUUAGUAGGGAGAGUGUCUCAUCUGAAAUCACUAGUCCUCCAUCUCUGAUUGUGGGGAAGUUGGCAUUUACUUGCUGAGAACAGGUUUGUUCUGCUACAGAAUCCAGGAACACCGGUUAGGUUUACUGCCAGCUGUUACCUAACUGAAAUACUGUUAAAAAAUAGUGUUAAACCCAACACAAACAAACUUUGGUAAUUAAGCUGCAAUUUGUUAAAAAAAAAAAACCCUAUCAUUUAGUGGAUGAAACUCGAAUGAUUUUACACAGUCACAUGCUCUCAAUACAUAUAGUUUGCAGAGAGUUUACAUACUGCUUGCCAUGGAUAGAAUAUCUUAAACAUUUUUGAAAAUUCCUUUGGACUUAUUAAAGCUUAACUACAAAGGAUUAAUGAUGUUAAAUACACUUCUUGAUUGUAUAUUUUGUUGUUUGUAUUUAUAUUUAAGAAUAUCAAAAUGUUAGAAAGGCCAGCUGCUACACCAUUGUCAAAUGUGUUGUUAUUUUUAUUAAGACGAUAUUGUUAAGUUUUCUUUGUUCACAGACUAUAUUUAUGUAGAUAGAUGUUGUAAGCAGAUUUUUAUUGUUUUAUGUAUAUUUAGUUACAAUAGUGCCGAUGUUUUUCCACUAAGGAGAUAGUUAUUUCAGUUUCCAAGUAACGGCAAUUAUACAUUGAAAUUCUAAAUAUAUUAGCAAGUCAUGCAACUGGUAUUUGAAACUUAUGACAAGCUGUUUCUGGUUUUUAACUUGACUAUUCAAAGAAUAAGAAGGGCUACUGUACUCACCUUGGCAUCAGCAUCAGCAUUGCAUUCAGUUUUAAGGCUUCACUGUAUAUUCUGAACUUCUACCUCUAUAAUCAUCAAACUUCACACAAGAGAUGAUCUUGGUAUGGGCAGAUAUUGAUAAUUUAGGGCCAGGUAUCCUAAAGGUCAGGGUCACAUGGGCCAAAUGUUGUAGCUGUGCUGCAAGAGUCUUGAUUUCACUGUAUCAUCUCAACUAAUGUCUUAUCAUCAUCAGACUUCAUACCGGUAUAAAGGCUGAUCUUAGUAGUUAGGUUUGGGUCAGGUAUCUUAAAGGUCAGGUACAUUGGGGAUUGGGUCAAGUACUGGUUAGGUUAACUGCCCGCCGUUACAUGUCUGAAAUACUGUUGAAAAACUACGUUAAACCCAAAACAAAUAAACAAACCUAAAUAAAAGUACAUCUAUGUACAUUUUUUGAAUAACUUAUAUCCCAUUUUGUUUCUUUCUGUUCACACACCUUCAUUUUACACCCUGACCUUUCCCAUACCCUACACCCGGUCAGGAUAAAAUAUCCCUUACAGUUUCAAAGUACAUUGUAUCCCCGAUACCAUGCCCCCAUUCCUUAUGCUGUAUCUCAUUAUUUCUUAGAUGCUGUCAUAAUGCUGUGUCCAACCCCAAUGAAAAUAAUAUUUCACACACAAAUAAUAUCAUCUUGGUGAACAGUUUCAGAUAGUCGAGCCCACUGCCCGUCAGACAGCUCUUGAAGUAAGGAGCUAUUUGUGAAGAAAAACUUGAACCUUUAGCCUGCUAAAAUGAACAGACCCAUCAUUCAAUUUUGGCAGUACCAUUUGUUAUUUGAAGGGAUGUUCAAUGAAAAAUUAUUGAUUGAAUAGCAAACAGUGCAGACCAUGAUCAGCUUGCAUGGAUGUGCAUGCUGAUCUUGGUCUGCUCUGGUCGCAAAGGCAGAAACAUUAGCUGCUAGCAGGUUAAAGGUUAAUAAUGCUGCAUUGUUUUAAAAUCUGUUUAAUUGAUAUUUAGUAAACUUUAUGAUGUAUUAUGUAUCUAUUUUAUCUUUUUUUUUAUCGUAUAAUUUUGCGAUGCAUUAGAUAGGGUGCAUGCUGAUUGCAUGUGUUAUACUUGUAUACUUUUUUAUGUGGUAAUAAUGUAUUUAGGGAUUAUUACACAUUCAUAACUACUUUACUUUAACAGAUUUUUUAUGAUUUAUUUUGUAAAACAAGAAAAUUCUGGGUUGUAUAACUUUAUAUAGUUAAGAUAACAUGAGCCCGCGCCAUGAGAAAACCAGCAUAGUGGCUUUGCGACCAGCAUGGAUCCAGACCAGCCUGCGCAUCCGUGCAGUUUGGUCAGGAUGCAUGCUGUUCGCUGAGGGUUUCUCUAAUUGCUAUAGGCUUUGAAAGCGAAGAGUGUGGAUCCUGACCAGACUGCGCGGAUGCGCAGGCUGGUCUGGAUCCAUGUUGGUCGCAAAACCACUGUGUUGGUUUUCUCAUGGCAAGGCUAAAUAACAUGACCAAAUUUGAUAGACAUUAUACUGUACCAUAUAAAUUUUUAAUUGCAAUAAACGCAUUAACAUUG